GCACACCUUUCUCCUCAUUUCAAGGAGGAGACACCAGCUGAAACAGAAGGACCUUUGGAGAGCUCCAGUAACCUGGAGACGCGAUGGAGACCUCCAGCGUGCCAAACACCGACGCGCCUUCCACCGCGCUCACCGGGCUUCUUAACUUCACAGUGGAUGCUCUUAACGUAUCCGAGGACGAAAACCCGUCCAUGACAGGGUUGCGCGCAACAGAAGAGCCGUUGUCCUUUGUGGUCAGCACCUUCAGGACUGCAUUGACACCUGCGGGGCUCUUGGCCGAUCCAUUUUCCCCAUCUGAAGAGCCCACUCACAUAAUAGUGGCGUUCUGGGAUUCACCCCUGAGUCACGGAAUUAACGUGUUUGUUGGAUUUGUCUUGUGCUUCACCAUGAUGGGGCUUGGAUGCACGGUGGAGAUCAAUCAACUGGGCGAGCACAUUCGCAAGCCCAUAGGAGUUCUUUUGGCAGUGGUGUGCCAGUUUGUGCUUAUGCCUCUGAUAGCUUUCCUUCUGGCUCUGGCUUUCUCUCUUAAUGAUGUCGCCGCUAUAGCAGUGCUGCUGUGCGGGUGUUGCCCGGGGGGCAACCUCUCCAACAUCCUAUCAUUUCUGGUCAACGGGGAUAUGAACCUCAGCAUAGUCAUGACCAUCUCCUCCACUAUCCUUGCGCUCGUGCUCAUGCCGCUGUGUCUUUGGAUGUACAGUCGCGCGUGGAUCAACACGCCCGUGGUGAACCUGCUGCCCUUCGGUGCGAUCAUUCUCACCCUGUGCAGCACGCUCAUCCCCAUCGGGAUUGGGGUCUGGAUAAGACACCGAUACCCCCGAGUUGCUGACAUCAUCCUUAAGGUGUCCUUAUGGUCUAUCUUUGUCACUCUGUUGAUGCUCUUCAUCAUGACUGGAACGAUGCUGGGCCCGGUGCUGCUGGCCACCAUCCCUGCCUCCGUGUACCUGGUGGCCGUCCUCAUGCCCAUGGCCGGCUACGCUGCGGGAUACGGCCUGGCGGCACUCUUUGAUCUCCCCCCAAACAGCCGAAGGACUGUGUCUUUAGAGACGGGCUGCCAGAACGUGCAGCUGUGCACGGCCAUGCUAAAGCUCGCCUUCCCCCCGCAGCUGAUGGGAGGCAUGUAUAUGUUUCCUCUGCUCUACGCGCUCUUCCAAGCAGCAGAAGCAGGUAUCUUCAUUCUGGGUUACCGCAUGUACAGGAAAGAGGUGUUGCAUAAACAGGACCUCAUGGAGGAUGAUGAUGACACUAACGUAAGCUACAAAAGAAUGAAGGAGGAAGAUGUGCCAUUCGAUUCGACUUAUGGAGCGGUAACGGCGAGCGAUCCCAACGUCAUCAUGCUGGAGUCACGAGAUGUUGUAGGAAGCCCAACACCUGUAUAAGAGAAAAACAACUGACUUGGUAUUCACCGUGGGACCUGUGUAAUAUGUCUAUACUUUAUUCUAUACUAUAUUCAUGUCAUCAGUCACUGUUGAACUAAUCACGCAAAGCAUUUUAACUAAUAAGUGCCAAAAGUUAUUGAUAUUGUGAAUAUUGUGAAAACGGAAACUAAAGAAGAAACUUUUAUCCAAAGUGACUUACAAAUGAGGGACAUUUCAAGCUAUUACUACAAGUGCCAUAAAGAUGCAAGAACGUGUAUCCAUGUUUACCUCUAAGUUCAUUCUAUGUGCAUUCAUUCCAAUAAAUUAUAGUGAAGACACUUUCAAAGUGUCACAGAAUGAUCCAAAUCGUACACUAUUAAUAUGCAACUGCCGGUAAAUGAAAACUGCUAUUACAUCAGUAAAUAAAUUGAAGUGAUUUAUUCGAUUACAUUUUGUGCAACCAGAGGAUGAGAGCACUGAUUCAUAUCCCAUGCAGUGAGUAUUACAAACUCACUGUCAAUCUCUUUAUCAUUUUAAAACUGAGAGGACUGUGGUGGAGUUUAAUAUUGCCUUCGAAGUCUUCAAAGCGUGUCAGUGUCAGAUCAGAACAAAUACAAUAAGGUGCAAUGAAGAGAAAAAUGAAAAUCUGAUUUGGUAACAAAUACGCAGUACUUCUCUGUAAUCUAAAUGAAAAUAUUGUAUGUUUAUCAUAAUACGCCUGUGAGAUGAAUAAAUGUUUACGACAAGCAUCUGAUAUAUAUUUGUAU